AUGGUGGUUAAUAACAUAUAUCCUCCCUUGAAUCCAGGUCGGUCGGAAAUUAGGCUGCUCAGAGUCUUGGCCCGCGAGGCCACGGAUGUGCCCAAUUUUGACCUUCGCACGGUAUCGCUGGACGACGACGUCCCUACUAGGCCCCCCUUCACCUGCGUUUCGUACGUAUGGGGUGAACCAGAGGAAAAAGAUAUAAUUAUCAAUGGAAGGGACAUAAGAGUCACAAUCGGAGGGCUAUUGCCAGCGGUAGACAGCGCGCUCCAUCACUGCCAAGCCCUCCGCGACUGCAAGCCACCUGAUAUAUGGUUAUGGGCCGAUGCGCUGUGCAUAAAUCAGCGCGACGAGGCGGAGAAGAACUCUCAGGUUCCGCUCAUGUCGCGCAUUUUUUCGAUGGCAGAGCUCGUUGUGUGCUGCCUCUGGUAUCAAGACGACUUCUUCAGCGAAGGGCUAUUUACGGAUGCCAUUCGAUCGAUCGAUGAACUGAUCGCGAGAUUGCAGAAUGCAGGCCUAGUGAACAUGCAGGACAGGGAUCUUGUAACGCUUUCGCAACCACCCAAUACUAAUUUCCUUGACUGCGUCAAAGAAUCACCUGAGCUGGCCUCAAGACUAAAAGACUUUGGCGUUUUCUUCUACCUGAAUAUUCCAUACUGGUCCAGGGUUUGGAUCCUGCAAGAAGUCACUCUAGCAUCGAACGCAAUUAUGACCUACAAAACACAACGCGUUGAGUGGUGGAAGUUGAAAGUCUUGAGCAGAUGGCGCAACGAGGCCAUACGCGGGCCCAAGCCGGACGGUAUCAAUCCAAAAAUUUGGAGAAGCGUCGCGACAAGCGGUUUCGAUGUCGUGUGGAGCAUUAUCGAGGUCUUUGCCCUCACCAAAUGCAGCGGCACCAAGCCUCCUGCAAACAGGACGCAAGCCAUUGGCGUGCCUCAGACAUUGCAACAAGCGCGGUCAAAAGACGAUUUACUGCAAGAUUGGCUCACAUCUUUCAACUGCGGUAGCAGCCUUAAAGCCACAAAUCCAAGAGAUCAUAUAUACGGCCUCCUCGCGAUUGCACCUAUUGAAAUCCAGGUUGACUACUCUCAGUCUGUUGCGGAUGUGUAUAGCAGCUACAUAAAAGCAUACCUAAGAGAUUGGAAUUCUAGCUUUCGUGAGGACUUACCACAACUAUACUUCCUCCAAUACGCCCACUGCAACCCGGAUAUGAUGUCACGACGGAUCAGUGAGGCCUUCUCGUCCUACCUCAUGCCGUCCUGGGCUCCUCACUAUCCAUUCGUGUCAUCAUGGGAAAAAACACACGGCCUCAAAAGGCCUCAAGCACCAUUUGGAUAUCAGAGCUCGUCGUGCAAGGGCGUCUUUGCGAACGACACCACACCAGCAAUGGUGCUGAAUGAUGAUAGCGGCAAUCGCCUGCUUGUAUCCGCCAUCGUUCUAGAUGGGUUUUCUGAAAAAUCUCUUUCAUUUUCACUGCGCAAAAAUACCGAUAUUCUUGACGUUGCAAGAGGCAUGAAGUCACUCAACAAGGACGUGCCGAUAGUCGAUGUUCUUGUGAAGACAAUAAUGUGGGAACGUCUACUUAUGGAGACGGAACAUGAUAAGAGGAGUUCGCUGCUAGACGAUUGGGAGUGCUCAUGCGCAGAGUACCUUCGGAAAAAGGUGAGAACCAGAAUUGCUCAUGCAGGGACAAGAGAGCAAGAGAUUGCCGCUCUUGGCCUGGAUUUUUACAAGAGCUGCGUUCCACUCCAUACUUUGGAUCAGGUCUCUCUAUUGCGUCCGGACCCAAGAGAGAUACCAGUAGACGAAUUCAUGCACACCCUGAAAUGGAAUCUACAAUUCAACCAAUCUUGUUCCAAUCUCAUUCUUACCGAGUCCGGGAGAUUAUGUAUUACGGGCCCUUUCCAAGUCAAGCCAGGAGAUUUGCUAUGCAUUCUUGAUGGAGGGAGCAUGCCUUCAAUACUGCGACCCAGUGGAUCUUUCUAUAAACACAUUUGCCAGACAUUUGUUCUAGGUCUCGAGAAUGGUCAGGCCAGAGGAAUCUUGGAAAGGGGGGAAGCGAAAGUGCAGGAAUUUGAGCUGAUAUAA